AUUACUUGUUUAUUUUGUCAUUCUUAGUUUCGAAUCAUUUGAAAUUUUCAGUGAAAUGUGCUUUUGUCCCACCAUCGGUCUUAAAUUUAUGGUCAUACUGCUACUAGCAAUCUCCGCAACCUUCAACUUCUUGGACUCGAUUGAGGACAUUUACAAUAUCCUAACCGUAAGGAAGCAUGUGAUUUUGCUUUGUAUAAGCAUGUCCAUAGGUCUAAUCUGCGCAUUUUCCUCGUUUGUGGGAGUUUAUGCACUCUACUACGAAAAAAUUCGUAUGUUCCAAGUGUUUCUGUUGGUGUUGAUAGCUUAUUGUCUGUGCAAGCUUAUCCUUUGGAUCAUCUGUGGGAAUCUAUUGGGAGAAGUGAAUUACUUAGUCACGCAUCUGUGGUUUCAGCUCAGUAUGUUAUCAACGCUUUUCUCGUUGAUUGGAACUACCCUGCUCUGCAUGAGAUUCCACGAGCUCAGUGAAGACGACGUUUAAAACAGACAUUUUAUAAAUUGUAUGUGCUUUGAAAAUUAUUAAAGUAGUAAUACCUGCUA